AUGUACGCCAACAAGAAAGAGGCCGACGAUCAGAUCGGCGCUGAGCCGGUCUCAGAUAUGAUGAUGGAUUCCGAUAUCAAUGAUCGCGAGAAGCAGAUCUACCACGGUGGCAUGGAAAAGUUCAGCCGACUGGGAUGGAAGCGUUUGACAAUUGUCCUGAUCGUCGAGGCUGUUGCUCUGGGAAGUUUGUCGAUUCCUUCCACCUUCGCCACCCUCGGUAUGGUGGCUGGUGUUAUCUGCUGUGUUGGCAUCGGUCUCAUCGCGGUGUACACCAGCUAUAUUAUCGGUCAAGUCAAGGUCAAAUUCCCGCAUAUUUCCAACUACCCUGAGGCUGGUCGACAGAUGUUCGGUCGGUGGGGAUACGAGAUCCUUUAUAUAAUGCUGUGCCUGGAACUUCUUCUGUCCGCUGGAUCUCACUGUCUGACGGGAACUAUUGCUUUCACGAAUAUCACCGACAGCAACAUCUGUGCUGUGAUCUUUGGAGUUGUAUCCGCUGUUAUUCUGCUUAUCUUCGCCAUCCCGCCCAGCUUCUCUGAGAUGGCGAUUCUGGGUUACGUUGAUUUUGCGUCUGUUAUUCUUGCCAUCGGUAUUACCAUUAUCGGAACCGGUGUCGAAGCAUCAAACUCGACUGGUGGACUUGCUGCCGUCGACUGGUCUGCGUGGCCCAAGGAAGGACUCACUUUCGCCGAGGCAUUCAUUGCUCUCUCCAACAUUAUCUUCGCCUAUAGCUUUGCGCUUUGCCAAUUCUCCUUCAUGGACGAAAUGCACACCCCAACUGACUUCCCUAAGUCGAUCUGGACCCUCGGUCUCGCUGAGAUCUUUAUUUACACCCUAACUGGCGCCCUCUGCUAUGCCUUUAUCGGCCAAGAUGUUCAGUCUCCUGCCCUCCUGUCUGCUGGUAGUCUGCUUAGCCGGAUCGCCUUUGGAGUUGCUCUUCCGGUCAUUUUCAUCAGUGGCUCCAUCAAUACGGUGGUUCUUGGGCGAUUGAUUCACGGCAGAAUCUUCGAAGGAUCUACUACUCGCUUCAUUAACACUAAGAUGGGCUGGAUUACCUGGCUUGCAGUUGUUACUAUCCUCACAAUCCUGGAAUUUGUUGUCGCUGAGGUUAUCCCCUUCUUCGAUGAUUUGCUCUCUGUCAUCUCCUCACUCUUCGUCUCCGGCUUCACCUUCUAUUUCCCGGCAAUUAUGUGGUUCAUGUUCAUUCGCAAGGGUAGCUUGUUCACCCCUAAGAACAUGGCCAUGGCCUUGCUCAAUGGACUAAUUUUCGCCAUUGGUCUUAUCGUUUUGGUUGCGGGAACAUACGCUAGUGUUGUCGAUAUUAUCAAUUCCUACAAAGAGGGUACUGUCGGGGGUGUUUUCUCGUGUACUGCCUCGUAG